UUCAAAACAUAAUGUCGUCGUCGUCGUCGCCGCCGUCUUCAUCACAUUCCAUAAGCAUACGAGAAUUGCGAUUGGAAGACUACGAUGAGGUUAAAAACUUUCUCAGUAAACAUUUCUUUGCCACGGAACCCUUAAUGUCAACACCUGGCGAGAAUACCGCGGUACCUGAAUUCGAAGAUGAAUUUCAUUUAUCCCUAAUACGACAAGGCCUCUCACUAGUGGCCAUAGAUGAGAAUCAUGGUAAUCGUAUUGUAGGCGUGGCCCUAGCACAAUCUCAAGUGCCCAACGAUCUGGAUGAACAAUGCCGGGAAGUUGAGCAAAGACAGGCCACAUGUCUUAUAGAUAAAAUACACAAAUUUCUAUCCAACUUGGAGAAACGAGCAAAUGUAUUUAGCUCGUUUGGUGUAGAAAGAGCCUUGUAUUUGUAUAUGCUCGGUGUGGAUACCACGGUGCGGCGUCAGGGAGUGGGCUCAAGAUUGGUCAGCUCUCUGAUCGAUUUGGGUCGAUCCAAAGCGUUCCCUGUUAUCUAUGUAACCUGCACUAAUCAGCACUCGACCAAACUAACAACUGCCCUCAAUUUCAAGUGUGUGGACUCGCAAACCUAUGCAGAUUACAAAGAUGAACAGGGCAAACAGGUGCUCCAGCCACCAGCUCCUCAUACCAAAGCAAGUGUUAUGGCACAGCAACUGUGAAUUGAACCAAAGAACUAUAAUAAAGAUAGUAAAAAUCAAAAUAAAUCCAAUAAGUUGAAGAGUUUGAUAAAAACCACUUUCGGAUCAUACCUCUGAUACAUUUCAAUAAAGGGAAUAUCAGUUUCAUCCAUUGAAACGAAAACAAGGUAAAGCAGGUGAAAUAUUAACAUUACGCAUACGAAACUGUAGCUCACUUGUUUAUAAAAAUAAAAUCUAAGAACAAAACUA